CCCUUUUGGACGGAGUUUCGUUACAGUGUUACUUAUUUGUUAAACAGCCAGCAAAAUGAGGGAGAUCGUUCAUUUGCAAGCAGGGCAGUGUGGAAAUCAGAUUGGUGCUAAGUUCUGGGAAGUGAUCAGUGACGAGCAUGGAAUUGACCCAACGGGUAGUUACCAUGGGGACAGUGACCUUCAGCUGGACAGGAUUAACGUUUACUACAAUGAGGCUACUGGUAAGGGUGGUGGGAAGUAUGUUCCCCGUGCUGUGCUUGUGGAUUUGGAGCCUGGCACCAUGGAUUCUGUGAGGUCUGGACCAUUUGGGCAGAUCUUCAGGCCAGACAACUUUGUAUUUGGUCAGAGUGGAGCUGGUAAUAACUGGGCCAAGGGCCAUUACACAGAAGGAGCAGAGCUCGUGGACUCUGUUCUGGAUGUGGUGAGAAAAGAGGCAGAGAGCUGUGAUUGUCUUCAAGGCUUCCAGCUGACACACUCCCUGGGUGGUGGUACUGGUUCCGGCAUGGGUACCCUCCUCAUCAGCAAGAUCCGUGAGGAGUACCCUGACCGCAUCAUGAACACCUUCAGCGUUGUGCCGUCACCCAAAGUAUCCGACACAGUGGUGGAGCCUUACAACGCCACGUUGUCUGUCCACCAGUUGGUUGAAAACACUGACGAAACUUACUGCAUCGAUAACGAAGCCCUGUAUGACAUCUGCUUCCGCACGCUCAAACUCACCACGCCCACCUAUGGUGACCUCAACCAUCUCGUCUCCGCCACCAUGAGCGGAGUUACGACUUGCCUGCGAUUUCCUGGUCAGCUCAACGCUGACCUCCGCAAGCUGGCUGUGAAUAUGGUGCCCUUCCCUCGUCUGCACUUUUUCAUGCCUGGCUUUGCUCCUCUCACCAGCAGGGGGAGCCAGCAGUACCGUGCCCUCACAGUACCAGAGCUCACACAGCAGAUGUUCGAUGCCAAGAACAUGAUGGCUGCGUGCGACCCCCGUCACGGCCGUUACCUCACGGUUGCCGCGGUCUUCCGCGGCCGCAUGUCCAUGAAGGAGGUGGAUGAGCAGAUGCUGAAUGUGCAGAACAAGAACAGCAGCUACUUCGUUGAAUGGAUCCCCAACAACGUUAAAACAGCCGUCUGCGACAUCCCACCCAGGGGACUCAAGAUGGCUGCCACCUUCAUUGGCAACAGCACAGCCAUCCAGGAGCUGUUCAAGCGCAUCUCUGAGCAGUUCACUGCUAUGUUCAGGCGUAAGGCUUUCUUGCACUGGUAUACCGGAGAGGGCAUGGAUGAGAUGGAGUUCACUGAGGCAGAAAGUAACAUGAAUGAUCUGGUGUCUGAGUACCAGCAGUACCAGGAUGCCACCGCAGAGGAGGAGGGCGAAUUUGAAGAGGAAGGAGAGGAGGAGCUGGCUUAAGCUGUCCUUGUUUAGUUUUCUUUUGUCGUCCCCAUAUUUUUCAA